AUGGCUCAUUAUGUGCAAGUCGUCCUCGUUACUCUCCUGGCAAUCAUAUUUGGUUACUACAAGACCUAUGUUCAAGCUGCGGUCCAGCUCUUCCCAGGCCUUGAAAAGAUGAUCCAACCACUCGAGGACUUUCCUGAGUAUCAUUGUCGCCGAAUGCGGCACCCGUUGUUGGAGAGUUGCGAGGAUGUCUGGCUCGAUCCUAGUGGUCGCACGCUCUACGCCGCUUGCGCCAAUCCUAUCGCUCGCGUGGUCUGGAGCCGAGGUGGAAACCGCUACGAUCUUCGGGGGCGGGUAGCAGGUGGCGGCGGGAUUGAGCAUAUAACUGUGCUGGAUAUCGAUCAGCCGGGGGCUGAUGGCUUAGCGUGCGAGCAUUGGAAUUCCGCGACAGCGAAAGCAACAUCCAGCAACUUGAUAUACACGGGGUUGAUGCCCGCGUGA